AUGUCACUCUUUCCAGUCCAGGCCCCAAGGCCGGGCCCCCAGACAGCAGAGACCCCUGCCAGGGUAGGAAGCUCGGUUGAGAACAGGGGGUUGUCCCGAUCCCGGAUGGAACCGAGGCGCAGAUCUCCUGUAAAGCACCAGGAGCGCGCAAAGAAUGCCCUAGGAGAGAAGACGCACCGAAGAAGAAAAGAACGUACUUUUACAGAGCUUCGGCCCCGGGACUCCAGACGUCUGGGGCGGGCCCUACAACCAGAACAAACCAACUCGUUCCCGGGCGUCUCCUUCCCCCUUUCCCUUCCCGCCUUCCUUUAA